AUGGCCAUUACCAUGAGUUUUGGUAAAGGGUUACUUAUCCUUCUCCUAACCUUAGUAGCCACCUUGGCAAUUAGCCAAGCUGAAACGGUUGUUGUUGGAGGCUCAGAGGGAUGGCGCUACGGCUACAAUUACACUGAUUGGGCCUUGAAACACGGUCCCUUUUUCCUUAACGACACACUAGUGUUCAGGUAUCCUCCUCCUAACGACACCGUGAAGCCUCACAGUGUGUACCUGCUACCAAACCUCUACAGCUUCUUGACAUGCGAUUUUAAGGCCGCAACCCUGGUGGCACCUCCCAAUCAAGGAGGUGGAGAUGGGUUUUCAUAUACGCUGAGUCGGGUCAGGCCUAACUACUUUGCUAGCAGAGAGGGAAAUGGCGAUGACUGCACCAAAGGAUUGAUGAAAUUUGCUGCCAUUCCUCUCUAUCGUCCUCCAUUCCCCUGA